CUGCUGUAUAGCUACAGCACCGAGUAUAGUAGGCACUGUGACAGUUGUAACAUCAUAUUGAGGCACAGCGCGAUAUCAAACAAGGCCGUGAUAACGUUCAAUGGCCGUGUGUGAUUAAAGAAGUCUCUUUCCCCCGACCAGAUAAAAAUUUUGUGCAUUUCUCGGUAAAAAUGGCUGUGGAAUUGAAGAAGUUUCUCUAUGGACUGUUAAGCGAUGUAGAGGGUCUGCAUAGCAUAUUAAUUACAGAUAGGGAUGGAGUACCUGUCAUAUUUGUAGCCAACGAGAAGGCACCGGAAUUAGCUAUAAGAGCUAGUUUCUUAUCUACCUUCGGAAUGGCUACAGACCAGGGAAGCAAACUUGGUCUUGGCAAAAACAAAACUAUCAUAUGCAUGUACAGUAAUUACCAGGUAAUCCAGAUGAACAAGUUGCCACUGGUCGUCAGUUUCAUCGCUAGUCACAGUUGUAACACCGGCCACAUAUUAUCGUUGGAAAGUAAGAUUGAUCCUAUCCUAAGUAGCUUAAAGAAUGCAGUAGUGGAGGCCUGAUGGUUACCUGUUGUGCAUUAUGGGUGAUAAACGCUGAACUCAGAUAUGAAUCUGUCGCUGCGAACGUUGCACAGACAGUGCUCGUGCUGCAUCGGACACACGCUACUUCUUCUUAAAGACAACAGAUUCCUUCUCAUACUUCUACUUACUUGCGCUUUUGUACAUACAACGUUGGGAGAACCGUAUUUUGCGAAUUAUAUAUACUAUUUCAAGGUAAAACUAUUCUAUUCUACAGAGAAAGGUAAUUUGCAAGGUAAUCGUUUCAAAAGUAUUUUUGAAGCAGAUGUUCUGUUGUUCAGUGGAGAUAUACAUCUUUUAUAAAAUUUGAUAUUUGUUAAAAGUUCCCAAUCUUUAGUAUUAAGUAGCACAGUAAAUAGCGAUCAAUUGAAAUUGUGAUUGUAAAAAAGAGCUCUCUGAGAAUUCGAAGAAAUUGAAAACUUUCUUAUGAAAUUUUCAAGGAACACUUACAAAUACACUGACACAGUACUAAUGUUAUACAAUUUUCGAGGAUGUACAGCAUUUUUUAUAAAACUAUUCCAAUAUAAUGUGGUGAAUUAAAUUUGACAAGCACACGAAAACUUUUCAGAGUCUAGAUAAUCCGCUUUGUACUAGCGAAACUGUUCAGUCAUUCAAAUGAUUAUAUGGACGCUCAGAUUGAGAUCAAAGCCUAUCAAGUUACAUGCAAUCAUGAUGUAAAAAUUGACGAGAUUUCUAUUAAAUUAGAUAUAAAUAAAUAAUUGUAUCUAGUGAUAUUUAUUAGAUGAAAAUAAUCUUAUAAGAAACACAAGCAUAUAAUAAAAGUGAUUUACU